AUGCUAACUUCUCCUUUAAACAGAAGUGCCAGAUCAGAAACCGUUGUCGAUGUUGGAACUCAUUAUCCCGCAUGUGAUGAAUGUUAUGAAUAUCAAUAUAAUCAUCAUAAUCCUUCAUUUUACUGUCAACCUUGUAACACAAAACGAUUUCGUCAAGAUUUUGAUAAAUGGUCUACUGGAAAUGAUAAACUUGAUCGACUAAUUCAAAGAUCGCAAACUAAAUCAAAAAAUAUUUAUGAAUUAUUGGAAUGGAUCCCUUAUUCAAAUUUAAAGGAAAUUACUCGUAUAUCUCAAGGUGGUUUCGCUACCGUUUUUUCUGCUAUUUGGGUUGAUGGUCCAAUGCAACGAUUUGAUUUAAAUAAACAACAAUGGUCUCGAGCUGGUAUUUCUAUGGUUGUUUUUAAAGAAUUUCAUAAUUCUAAAGAUUCAAGUUUUGAGUUCCUUGAAGAGGAUCCAAAAUCAAAAAAUUAUGGAAUAGUUAUGAAAUAUGCAAGUCUUGGAAGUUUACGACGUAUUUUAAAUGAAUCUUUUCAUGAAAAAAGUUGGGAUCAAAGAUUUGAUAUUAUAUUAGAAAUCUCUUCUUUAUUUGAAAUAUUUAUGGGACGUCGGCCACAACUUCCGAAAGAAACUCCUUCACUUUUAAAAAAAUUAUUUAAUAAAUGCUGGGAUGCAAAUCCUGAUGGACGUCCGACCAUGCAACAAAUACAUAAAGAAUUAGAACGUUGGAAACAUAGGAUUCGAGAUGUUCCUGCUUCAAAAAUUUAUAAGGAAUUCAAGAUUGCUAACGAAGAUUGGAAAAGAAAUUCAAAUGUAAUUAGGCAUCCUAUACUUGAAGUUCCUGAAGGUUCGUUAUAA